AUGGUAAUGGCGCCGCUCCCGCCCGCCGCCCCCGGCGAUGAGAGGGGGAACGGGGCGGCCGGCGGCGCUGGGGAGCGGGCGGGGGGGGAGCAGAGGGCAGAGGCUCCGGGGCUGCUUUCGGGCACGGCGACCCCGCGGCCUCCUCACGGGGGCCCGCGGUCGCCGCGGGGCGGAGCUGUGGCGGUUGCGCGGGUGCUGUGGUGUCCUCUCUCCUCACAGGCUGAGGUGGAGGAAACCCUAAAGAGGAUUCAAGCCCACAGAGGGGUUGUCGCGACUAUGGUUGUGAACGCCGAAGGAAUUCCAAUAAGAACAACUCUUGAUAACUCUACAACUGUCCAGUAUGCAGGUCUUCUUCAUCAGCUCACCAUGAAAGCUAGGAGCACAGUGAGAGAUAUUGAUCCUCAGAAUGAUCUAACCUUUCUUAGGAUCAGAUCAAAGAAACACGAAAUUAUGGUAGCUCCAGAUAAGGAGUAUCUCCUGAUCGUUAUUCAGAACCCAUGCGAAUAG